UUGUGUGUGUGUGUGUGUGACUCUUUCUCUCUCUCAACAAUAUACAUUUGAGUCCGUCGCAGCAGUAGUUUGCCGACUCUCGACGAGCUCGUAUCUCUCCUCGACGUCGUCGUCGUCGUGGUCGUGGUUGUGGUCGCCGUCAGCGACGGGAGUAGAGUGCGUGCGUACAACACGGGGACUGACAGACACGCUCUCUUCGCUCUCUCUUUCAGCUCGUUUCGUGUGUACACAUAAUAUUACUUAUACUGCGGCUGCUAUACAUAACGAGCAGAUCGAAAACGAGCCUGCGUAUACACACACACGCGCACAUGCACGCGAGCGUAUAUAAAUAUUGUCAUUGCGGCGGCCCGCGUUUCUCAACGUUUUGAGCGGUGCGCGCGCGCGCGCGCCUUUAUAAGAGGUAUAUCAUACGUAUACCGAUUUUAUUUCAAUUUUUUUUUCCACCGAUACCGGAAAUUCUAGGGCCGAUUUUCUCUUGUAUCUCGAGAAAAUCGAGCUGGUUCGAGAAGGAGGAGGAGAGAGAGAAUGUCGCUUAUCUCGAGAAAUAAUCGAUAGUUAACGAUCGUGCGCAGAUCGGUAUCGGAUCGCUUGUGUGCCAUUCCAGUAAAAAGAGAGAGAUAGAUAGAACGAGAGGAGGCUCUGUAAUACACAGUGAAAAUUGAGUGAUUUUUCACUUCGUCUGCAAGAAGGGCUUGUGUGGACCGGUGCCCCAGGCCGACUAGUCAAGCAAAUAAGUUUUAGUUUCUAUAAAUCGGUAAAAUCGGUAUACUACGAUCGUUUAAUAAAGUGUGCAUCGCUGCUUAAUUUUCGUAAAAAGUGCGUCACAUGUAUGAAAAGUGCGUGAUUUGCCAUAUACACACGCGCACGAUAAAGGAAAAUUCGUCGCUCGAUCGAGGUUACUUUUAACCCGAUUCACCGAAAGAGUUCACUAUUGUUAUCGACGAAAAUUUUCGAAUUGAAAUCGGGAAGAUGCCAGGAAGUCUGUGCAUCUUAUUGUGCAUAGCACUGGCUGCAGUGGACAGCUCGUCAGCGAUUCACCAUCACAUGACCCCUGAGGAGGUGCUAUCGGUGUUUCAUACAGACCACAAUUCCAUUCCAGAUUAUCAAGUUAUACCACUGUUACACAAACGGGGAGAAAAUGAGACGACGGCAACACUUCACAUGAAGGUCUUUAACGAGACAUUUUCUUUAGCCUUGAAUAAAAACGACAGGCUCUGGAAGGGUGAUCACGUGCCCGUCUGGACCCUCGAUGACGACGGAAAGGAAAUAAUUAAUGAAACGGAUUUGAGAUUCGAGCGAGUAGCUGAUGGAGAACACAUCGGCCACGCUUACCAAGACGAGGAUAACAUGGCCGCCGUUCUGCUGUACCGAGACUCCAAAGGCAGAUUACUCGUCGACGGAAGCAUAGGGGAAGAUCUAGUGAUCCGACCGAUUCCCGCACGCGUGCUCAAGGAUGUAGUGAGUAAAAUGGAUCAUUUGCAAAGUACGCGACUAGUGCCAAAGGUUUCGAGGGACAGGCGGAGCGUCGAUUACGAAUUGACGGAUCACCACGUGGUGUACAAAAGAUCGGCAUCCCACGAGGACGAUAUGUACAGCGAUUUUGCUUACAUGGAGCCUGAUCGACUCAACAAGAGAUAUCGGAGAAAGAGAUCCAUUGAUGAUCUUGAUGCUCGGGUAAAGAGAUCACUUGAACUUCAUACUCGAGAAAAACGAGAAGCGCCAUAUGUAAUAUACCCAGAAAUUCUCUGUAUUGUAGACUACGAUGGUUAUAGGAUGCACGGAGGUGAUAAUCCAAACGUUAAACGAUACUUUGUGUCGUUUUGGAACGGAGUCGAUCUUAGGUAUAAAUUACUGAAAGGCCCAAAAAUACGCAUAAGUAUCGCUGGAAUCAUCAUUUCACGCGCGAAAAAUGCCACGCCGUACCUGGAAAGAAAUCGAGUGGGUCGGGACGCGAUCGACUCGGCAGCUGCGCUCACCGACAUGGGCAAAUAUCUGUACAGGGAGCGACGACUGCCGGUCUACGACAUAGCUGUCGCUGUCACAAAAUUAGAUAUGUGCAGACGCCAGUACGCGAACGAAGUAUGCAAUAGAGGAACUGCAGGAUUCGCUUACGUUGGAGGAGCUUGCGUGGUCAACAAACGUCUUGAGAAAGUCAAUUCCGUCGCUAUCAUUGAAGACACCGGCGGUUUCAGUGGAAUCAUAGUCGCUGCCCAUGAAGUUGGCCAUUUACUCGGAGCUGUGCAUGAUGGAUCUCCACCCCCUAGCUAUCUUGGUGGUCCUGGAGCACAGAAAUGUCGAUGGGAGGACGGUUACAUAAUGAGUGAUCUUAGACAUACAGAAAAAGGCUUUAGAUGGUCUUCGUGCAGUGUACAAUCAUUCCAUCAUUUUCUGAAUGGCGAUACAGCUACUUGCCUUUACAACGCUCCACACGAAGAUGAAGCACUGCCCAGAGUACUUCCUGGAAAAAUGUUAUCUCUCGACGCACAGUGUCGGAAGGAUCGAGGAACCAAAGCUUGUUUUUAUGAUGCAAGAGUUUGCGCUCAACUAUUCUGCUUCGAUCAAACUUCUGGUUACUGCGUAGCGUACAGGCCAGCUGCAGAGGGAUCACCUUGCGGAGACGGUCAAUACUGCUUAAAUGGAAAAUGCGUUGCUGAGCAUGAAAAUAUCAUUCCUGAUUACACGCAAAACAUACCCACAUACGUGCGGCAAGACUCCUUCGCUCGAUCAACAUAUAAUAAUACCUCGACUGAAUACAGGUAUCAAUGGUCUGGUACAACUCGCAGUAUUAAUGAGCUUAGAAAUCAAUACACGACACUCGCACCUUUGAGUUCAACAACGGUUACUCCUCCGCCGAGUGUCAUUACAACAACUGCAAAACAAUUUUUCACGCCUUCUCCGGCGCCAUUUUAUAAACAAUAUGUUUACUCAACCGAAAGUAAUUUGAUAACGGAUGACCAAAACAAACAGAAAUAUGGAAAUUAUCAAAAUAACAUCGAUUAUUAUAAAAAAAGUUAUCAUUCAACUAUCUCUAGUGGAAAAGGUUUUUCCUUUUCUUACAAUCUUCCUAAUUCUCACGUCAUGCCGUUGAAUUAUCAGAGUACGGUUAGACCACCAAGCUCGCUCGCCUGGACGAGCCCCAAGUUUACGCAGCCAAGUUAUACUCUUGGAACAGAGGUCGGUGAAUGUCAAGAUACAAGAACGGACUGCGCAGAUUUGAUCGCCAGGCUAAGGUCAUGGUUGUGCCAUCUGCAAACAGUGAAAAGUCGAUGUUGUGCAUCCCUCAAGACAGUUUGCUGAUAAAUGGCUCGAACCAAAUAUGUUCUCAGGGCUAUGUUUUGUAAAAGCAAAUAUUCAUGCAAUCUGCUUUAUUGGGGGUAAAGAAACUAUGUAGCGAAUGUUAAAACGGUGCAAAAGUGUAAAAUGAGCGGCAUCUUAAAAAUAGGGCACUGAGUAACGACUGUUCAUGUAAUGCGUACGAAUCGUCUUACAUAUUUACUUUGUGAAAUUUGUAUUAGUCUAAUAAGGAUAUUGAGAAAAUUACCAAUCGAAUGUAUUUUUAGAUUGUAAAAAUGAUGUAAAAAAGUAUUGAAAUUUCACUUCAGAAAAUGAAAUUGAAGGCCUGCUAGGCUACAAAUAAUACUACAUAAAAUAAGUAAAAACAAAGAGUUUGUUUGAAAAUUUAAAUGUAGUUUAAAUGUUUGUAUAAAAAAUUGAGAUUUUUUUCUUGAUCGUUCAUUUAAUGAUGGUAUUUUUACCAUUCUUUGGUAUUAUGUUAUGUACACGUUUUCUUGUCCAUCGAUAUUAAAUUUACUUGUCUCUCUGACCGUUCUGAUUUUCAUUUGAAAAAUUUUUUAGUCGUUUAAAUCAUCGAUAAAAUUGUAGAAACAAUAAUUUAGAGUAACAUACAAUUAAAAAAUUCUACAUAUAAAAUUAAAACGUUAUUGAAAAAUAUUCUCUGUGGAAAAUAUGUACAUAAAGAAAUAAGAAAUUUAAUUUUUUAAUAAUAAUAAAUAAUAAUCAAAAUUGUACGUUACUGAUUCGGAUUUCACAAAAUAACCGAAACGUCAUGAAUACUGUCAGGUUUGAAUGUUGUAUUCCGAUGAUUUCUUGGUUAAUAAUUAUUUUGUAAAGUUGACCUACUUAUUACGUUAAUAUUUUGAAUAAUGCAUAAACGAUCUAAAUUAUUAU